AUGCGACUCCAACGGCUUGUGACUUUAUUAGUGAUUGCCAUUCUCGCAUGUUUUUCUAUCGCCCUACUUAGAGGUUCUUCGAAAUCUUCUCCUGUUGAAGACCCUCUCGACAUUCACCCUCCCCCAAAACCCAUCGAACGCCCGCAAAGUCACCUGGGAACCUACCUCCCUGAGAAGACGCACCCUAUUGCUAAGCUCAUCCAGAAUGCGGAACAGCACCAUAGCCAUGUGCGGUCACAGCAAUCCAAGACCCUCGCCGAGGCUGUGAACGAAUAUCGCCGUCGUUAUAACAUGCACCCUCCGCCGCAUUUCGAUAAGUGGUUCGAGUUUGCCAAAGACAGGGGGGUUCAGAUGAUCGACGAAUACGACACAAUCUACCAUUCCCUCUUGCCAUUCUGGGCUCUGCCGCCCGGUACAAUUCGAGAUCGCGCCCGUGAAACCCUUGGAUUCGAUAAUGCUGUGCUUGGAGUUCUCAUACGGGACGGCAAGGUCUCCCUGACUGAUGGGGGCGGUGAUGGACGAAAGUGGCAGCGAGAGGCUACAGCGGGCAUGAUGAAGAAGUUUGUGCAAUAUCUGCCGGAUAUGGAUUUGGUUUUCAACACCCACGAUGAGCCUCGAGUUGUUGUGCCGAGUGAGGAUUUGGAGAGGCUGGUCUCUAUCGCCAAGAACCACGCGAUCCCGGCUUCCUUCAACAACCCAUCCCCUUCGAACGCGUGGUCAGCUCGGCCGUCGGAUUUGAACAAGGGCGACCGCAUUGAGGAAGUGCGUACGACUCGCUUUAAUCGCUUCGCGCAUCAGCCUACCUGGACCAACUCUCGAAUUUCGUGUCCCGUGGAUAGCCCCGCCCGAUCUCUUGACGAGAAUGUGACGGAUGACGUCCAUGCCUAUGCGUACGGUGGACUGGGUUUCAUCUACAACACAACUGCCGCCUCCGAUAUUUGCAACACUCCUUCUCUUAGAUAUACCUACGGAUUUUUCGACCGUCCCAAUGCCUUCGAUAUCGUCCACGACCUUUUCCCGGUGUUCUCUCAGAGCAAAAUCUCCAGCUUCCAGGAUAUCCUUUACCCUAGCCCUUGGUAUUGGGCGGAUAAGGUUCCCUACGAGAAGAAGAAGGACUUUGAGUGGAAUGAGAAAGCAGAUAAGAUGUACUGGAGAGGCUCGACAACUGGAGGAUUCUCACGAGCCGGUGGGUGGCGAAGACAGCAUCGACAGCAUUUCGUGAAUAACGCCAAUGCUCUUGACACCGCAAAGGUCCUUUCCAAGAAUAGCGAAAAUCUCUGGGCGUCAAGUGAUGUCAGUCGCAAUGAUUACCGUGACUUGUUCGAUGUCAAGUUCACAUUUAUUGGACAAUGUGACCCCGAUGAUUGCCGCGCCCAGCAGGAGUACUUUGACGUGGUUAAAGCUGCAGGCCAACAAGACGCCUGGGCCUACAAGUACCUGGUCGACAUUGAUGGAAAUGCUUUCAGUGGUCGAUUUUAUGCCUUCUUACUCAGCAACAGUUUGGUGGCCAAGAUCGCCAUCUUCCGCGAGUGGCACGAUGAAUGGCUUAAGCCUUGGGUUCACUACAUCCCCUUGAGUUUGAGAGGUGAUGAGUACGUUGAGAACAUGCGAUACUUUGCUUUGGAAGAAGAAGGCAAAGCCGCAGCUCCCCGGCUGGCUCAACAAGGCCAGGACUGGGCCCAGAAAGUUUUACGAAACGAUGAUCUCGAGGUUUGGUUUUUCCGAUUACUAUUAGAGUAUGGACGAUUAGUGGAUGACAACCGGGAUAAGCUGGGUUUCUUUCUUUGA